AUGGAUUAUAUGAAUUUGGGCGUUACUUCGCGUAAAACGGGGAUCAAAAUACGACAAAAUAUACGCAAGGAUGAGUAUUCUAUGGAAAAUGUUGAUGAGUUCUUCAAAGACAAUGAGAGCUCCAUUUCUUUCAGAAGAAGGAGCCGAAAAUCUUCGUUACUGCCCUUUCAAAAAUCUAUUCUUCCAGAGGCAUUUUCAGGGGAUUCGAGACGCAGUUCGAAUUUUCUUCCUCCCAGUGUGCCAACCAUUGAUGAAAACUACUCAGAACCUCUGCUGAACGAGGAUGCAGAACCAGAGGUCUCUGUGGAUAACAACUGGGGUGCCGAGGAAGAAGCCGCAGUCGAGGAGGCGUCGGCUAUUGUUGCGGACAACAGGUUCUUGCCACAACAAGAAGAAGUGAAAAGAGCCAAGAGAAGAAGACACUACGAACCCGAUUAUCGAGGAGACGAGGCCGAAGACGAAGACAGUGCCGUCGAAAUACCACAAACCCCAGCGUCAGAUUAUGGUAAUGAGAGUUAUCGCGAUGUCCCAGACUUGAUUGCAGAUGAUGAUGACGAUGAACCCUCACAUGGAAAUACGUCUUUCAACACUUCAGAAAACGCGCUUUUGGAGGAUGAACUGGAUCGGGAAUACGGGUCUUUGAGUGAAGAAGACGGGGACUACGUUAACCACCCGAGGUACCCCGACACCGGGGCGUCGAGUGACUCAGAAGGCGAAGGGAGUGAAAGUGCGUAUAGCUCUCCAAACAAACGAACUCUUAUAACGAGUCGUCGAGCAGAUUUAUACGUAAAUCGGCCCACUGGAACAAGAAAUACUGGACAUUCAAAUCAAAAGGAAUCAGAUAAUGAGAGCUCUGACGACGAUUUUUUUCAAGAGCAAGCGCAGGAGUUGGGCCAUGAAGUUAAUUUUUCGAAAGUAAAUGGCGUGCGGAGGUCUAAUAGGGUAAAAAUAGCUCCCUUGGAGUACUGGAGAAACGAGAAAGUUGUCUACAGACGAAAAUCAAGGAAGCCAGUUCUGGAAAUCGAUAAAGUCAUAACUUUUGAAGAGGAAGAGGACGAGGAAGAGGAGGAGCUCCGAAAGAGAAAAAAAGGCAAAAACAGACCUUACAACUAUACCCCUUCAGGUAGGCCAAGGGGCAGACCAAGGAAAGACCAAAAUGCCGCUGGAGGCAUAAGGGCAGCUUCAGAUAAUCCGAACGGACAGCUGAUAUCGAAGAUCGAGGCGGGUCAAAUACACAACUCCGAGUGGUUCGAAAAGGGGGAGUUUCGCGCUCAAGUAAACGUUUCCUCUGAUCAUAAAAAAAAGGAGGAAGACAUUUUGGCGCGGUCCGAUUCUCAUUUGAUUCCAGAUUAUAAGCGCAGCACAAGCGGGGAUUCAUAUUCUUUAACAGUUUUGUUCGAUAAGCACAAGGAUACAUUCGCAAGUGGAUUUUUGACACUACCUAUGGGCGCAAGAAAAAAACCUUCUGAUUCUUAUAACGUGUUCAUCAACUUUUAUCUUAUUCAGGGCGUCGUGGAGAUGACGGUCAAUCAGAAUAAAGUAAUAUGCAUUGAGGGUUGCAGCUUUCAGGUCCCCGCCUUCAACGAGUACUCCAUCCUCAACAAAGGAAAAAGUGUUGCUAAACUGUACUUUGUACAGGUAUCACUGCCUACACCUAACAGCGUCUCAAAUCCGAGCAGCUUCAAGCCCCCGAACGAGCGAAGACAAGAUGCAGAUAUGGGUAGCUCAUUAAGCGAUAUGAGUUUAUCACAGAGCUAG